AUGGGCAAGCGCUCACGGAGCCCGAGCAGGGAGCAGGAGCUUUCUGCAGAGGGCCAGCUGACGCUGUUGCAGGUGGACUAUGAGGUGCUAAAGGUGGAGAACCGAGAGCUGCGCAAACGUCUCUUGCGGCAUCUGCGAAAGCCAAAGGGAAAGACGGAGAAGGCGACACCGGUGAAGGCAAAGGAAAAGCCCAAGGAAGAGAAGAAGGCGAAGAAGCCAGAGAAACAAGACAAGCGAGAGAAGCCACAGAAGCGUGAGAAGCCAGAGAAGCGUGAGAAGCUAGGAAAGACGUCGGAUGAGCCAAAGCCGAAGGCGCCCAAAGAGGCAGAGAGCGUGCCCGAGGCUGAGGCAGAGCCGGACACAAAUGCGGUACUCCUGGCGAAUGCGCAGAUGGAGGCAUACAACGAGCCCAUUCCGAACGACCUUCCCAAAGAGAAGCGCUCGCCUUUGGUGGAGGCAAAGCUUAAACGCUUCCUGGAGUCCUUCCACGAUGGGGUGCAGAUCAUUGACUUGAAGUCUGGAGGCGUAGUGCUCAAGGACAAGAAGAUGUUUCAGAAGCGCUUUGCUUGCGUCUUCCGGGAGUCUGGUACUGGCUUGCGCGGCACGUGCCUGAAGCGCUUCUAUUUCGACUCAAAAAGCCCAACGUACUGUCUGGACUUCGAGGACCACGAGAGCCUCGUCACCGCCAUGGCAGGGACUCCUCCUGAUGGCCGACUGGGGGUGCGCGAACCGCGCGAGGAACGCUUGGUGGUUCUCUACGAGGAGAAGGGCGGCAAGAUCACGCGGAUGUGGCUGAGGCAGGACACGGAGAACCUGGGGUUGGACCCCAAGGCGGGUGAAGAGGUCCUUGCAAAGAGCGAGGUUUACAAGCAGUUCGAGGAGAAACUGGAGGAGCUGAAAGGGGGCGACCUUGGAGAGCGCAUCUUCCACAACUACUAUGACACUUGUCUGCCAAUGCAUGCCAACAGCAUUGGACUGCUGCACUUGGCGGCGGGCGAUACUCCCUACCAGCAGCCCGAGCAGAUACAUAUCGGCCUGGGCUUGGCUCCAGGAAUGCUUGUCUUCUCCAGGCGAGAUGACCGUGCACUGGUCUACUAUUCAGAGAACAGCUUGCUGCGCCUGUGCAGCAGCGGCGGGAAUAACGCGUUGAUCUUUUUGUGGCUGCUGCUGAGCGGCCUCGAAGAGAGCUUCCUUCGCAAGUUGAGCCCAUACUGCCCCGGAGACUCAUUUGUGAUGUACGGUUUGGCAAAGGACGAGCUCAACAGGACAGCAGCCGGCUCGCAUUUUCUCUUUCAGGACUAUGGGGAUGAGCGAAGAAACUUCACCAUGCACAUUGCUACCAUGACGGACCUGCUUCCAAACAGGGAAUGCGACGGGCUGGUCCGCAGCCAUGCACUUCAAGAGCGCGCCGGUUUCCAGGCUGCGCUGCCGAUGACCUAUGCAGUUUUUGGGGACCAGGGCGACUACAAUGGGCAGACCCUGCCUUCGCUUCAGAUGGCGGCACGAAAUGGUGAGUUGGAUAUGGUCCUUCAUGUCGGUGACAUGGCAUACGACUUCGACAGCGACAACGGCAGGAACGGGGACGCUUGGAUGCGCGACAUCGAGCCUUUGGCAGCGACAGUUCCCUACAUGGUGAGCAUGGGCAACCACGAGGCAAGUCAAAACUUCAACCACUACACGCAGAGAUUCAGGAAUAUGCCAUCCAACAGCGGCAGCAUCUCCUUGCCAGAGUUCGGAACUGUGCCAAACAAUUGGUGGUACUCCUGGAACCACGGCCUCAUUCACUUCUUGACCGUCUCCACCGAGGCCUUUGCAAGCCACGACUGUGGCAAGUCUCCUGGCACUGCUUUUUGGAGCUUGCGUUGA